AUGUACAGGGAUGAUUUUAACCGGAUAUCUAGGACCGGUGUGCUGUGCAUCAUCCUCUGCCUUGCCCUUGGAAUCGCCAACAUCUUCUCCUUCAAUGCGAUUCUGAUCAUUUUCAGUUGUCUUUGCAUUGCUUCGGCCUUUGUUAUUCUCUUCAUUGAAGUUCCCUUCCUCCUCCGCAUUUGCCCUACAUCCCCCAAGUUCGAUGCUUUCAUCCGCCGUUUCACCACCAACUGGAUGCGUGCCGCCAUCUAUGUGGCCCUCAGUGCGAUCCAAUUCGUCAGCCUUGUCAGCCGAGCCUCCAGUUUGAUCGCCGCUGCCGUGUUCCUUCUAUUCGCGGCAAUUUUCUACGCCCUCGCCGCAGUAACAAAGCAGGAAUUUGUUGGCAGCAAGACAUUGGGUGGCCAGGGAGUUGCGCAGAUGAUUGUGUAA